UCUGGAUCUUAUGUACCCUGAUCCUUCUGAUAAUGACUGGGUUGGAGUCUUUUCUCCUGGAAAACUCAAUGCAUCACAGUGCCCGCCAGUAGAUGGUGAAAGAGAGCAGACUCCAUAUAUAUGCACUGCCCCGAUAAAGUACAAAUAUGCAAAACAAGACAAUCCAGGUUAUACAAAGACUGGCAUUGCAACUUUGAAGUUUCAGCUUAUAAAUCAGCGAGCAGAUUUCUCCUUUGCAUUAUUUUCAGGCGGGUUGUCAAAUCCCAAAUUGGUGGCAGUAUCAAAUAUCUUGACAUUUGCCAAUUCUAAAGCGCCUGUCUAUCCACGUCUUGCUCAAGGGAAGUCUUGGAAUGAAAUGACAGUAACUUGGACAAGUGGCUACAGCAUAGGCGAAGCUGUUCCAUUUGUUGAGUGGGGUAUGCAGGGAGAUACUCAAAAGCGAUCGGCAGCAGCAACAUUGACAUUUGAUCAGAGCAGCUUGUGUGGUUCACCUGCAAGGACAGUUGGGUGGCGCGAUCCUGGUUUCAUACACACAAGUCUCCUGAAGAACUUGUGGCCAAACACAGUGUACACCUAUAGAAUGGGUCAUCGUCUGUCAGAUGGUCAGUAUAUUCGGAGCAAGGUCUACUCAUUCAGAUCAUCUCCAUAUCCUGGACAGGAUUCCUUGCAACGUGUUGUGAUAUUUGGUGACAUGGGAAAGAGCGUGAUGGUUCAAAUGAGUACAGUGAUUAUCAACCUGGUGCUCUGAACACUACAGAUCAAGUAAUCAGUGACUUAAACAACAUUGACAUAGUUUUUCAUAUAGGAGAUCUAUCAUAUGCAAAUGGUUAUAUUUCACAAUGGGACCAAUUCACAGCACAGGUGGAACCCAUUGCAUCUACUGUUCCAUAUAUGGUUGGCAGUGGUAAUCACGAACGUGAUUGGCCUGAUUCGGGGUCCUAUUACAACGGAAUGGAUUCAGGUGGAGAAUGUGGUGUGCUUGCUGAGACCAUGUUUUACGUUCCAGCUAAGAACCGAGCUAAAUAUUGGUACUCUACAGAUUAUGGAUUGUUUCACUUCUGUAUAGCUGACACAGAACAU